GGGCCCCGCGGGCGGGCGGGCCGGGCCGCUGCCGCACCGCCGCCGCCCGGCAUGUCGCAGGGCCCGGGGGCCGGCGGCGUCCUGCACGCGCACGCGGGCGCCCCGGGACACCAGCCGUCGCCGCAGAGCCCCGAGGACAAUGACAGGAAGGUCCGCAGGAGGGAGAAGAACCGGGUGGCCGCCCAGAGAAGCCGCAAGAAACAGACCCAGAAGGCAGACAAGCUGCACGAGGAGCACGAGAACCUGGAGCAGGAGAACUCAGCGCUGCGCCGGGAGAUCGGGGUCCUGACAGAGGAGCGGCAGAGGCUGAAUGAGGCGCUGCAGGAGCACGAGAGGCGCUGCCCGCUGCUGCUGCCCCUCAGCUUCGUGCCCACGCUGCGGCCUGGCCCUGCCAGCUGCCUGCCCCGCUGAGCUCAGCGUCCAUGGACCAGCACGCGGGCUCAGCCUCCCCGGGACUUAACUUAAUCUGCUGCACUGACACUGCUUCCUGGGCCAGUAUCAGAAGAAGGCGGCCCAAAUUCUGGAGGCCAUGCACGCACCACACAGGUCACCUGCUGUCCACAGACCCACAUGGGUCACCUUGAUGUCCAUGAAUCCACGUGAGUCACCCAGUGUCCACAGACCCACACAGGUCACCGCUGUCCAUGGAUGCACAGUCACCCACUGUCCACGGUUGCACACGGUCAUCUGCCACUACGGAUGCACAUGGUCACCGGCUGUCCCUGGGCACUCUAGAGACCCAUGAGGUCUGGCUUCCCACUGGCCACCCCCCACAAGAUCCCUCCCUGCCGGGGGGCUGUGAACCAAGCCAAUGGGACCCCUAAGUGUCGGGCCAUCCUGUGGGGCUUCGGCUUCAGCCCAAGCCUCCCCCAGGCCCCCCGUUCUGGAAACUAGGGUGGGCUUCAGGUCAGUGCCGGUGCUGCCUGUGAUCCGGGUCCCCCGAGGGGUGGCUGCGCCUGAGUGAAAUAAACGGGUGCGUGAGGAGAGAAGGGGUCUCCCUGUCCUGGCCCUGCCGUCUGCCUUGCCCAGAGAGCAGGGGGCGUGAGGUUUGGGGUGUCCAGGGGAGAGCA